UUGCGUCUUCCGUUUUGCUCUGGCGUUACUUUCUGAGCUUUAGUUGGAGAAACUAUUGUCUCCAACUUAAAUUUUAUUAACAUCAUCAGCUGUAUUAAAAAAAUUACAUAAAAAAUAACUAGGUACUAGCAUUAAAACCAAAUUACUGUUGUUGUAGAAUCAUGGAGUGCUAAAGAUGAGCAACAACAUUGUAAAUUAUAAUGAAGCAACGCCUUACUUGGCUAUAAGUGAAGACAUUUGUUGUAAAUAUUUAGGCAGCUCUCAUUUCUGCCUAUUUUGGCUGGAGAGUUUAUUAUUUUAUGAUAGGAAAAAUUUAAGCAGAGAUAUUACGACUUUCGGUCAAUCUAAAGAUAUAAAAGAUGCAUCAUUCUAACGGACAAGUCCAAAAUCAACCUAUACAUCAUCAUGUAAAUCGAUGGACUCCUGGACUUAGCUUAGAGUAUGAAACUGAAAAAACUAAAUUUAAAGGAAGAAAUUUUAAUGGUUUAGGAGCAUCUCCAAAUCGUAAUGUUACCAAGUCUGUCAGGCAGAGCUAUAAUCGUGCAAAAAAAGAUCAGUCUUACACAAGAAAUUUAAAAAAAUUGGAUUCUUCUGAACCUCUUGAUAAAGAGUUUUUUAGUGGUGAUGUUUCUUCUUCGUUGAGACUUUUAAAUUUUCAUUAUUCCAGUCCAUCAUCAAAUUCAAUGCAGAAAAACCAAUCAAGCAAUUAUAGAAAGAAAAGAAUUGCAACAUUUAAUAAAGAAGUUUUUUUGCAAUCAAACUGCUAUUUUGUUGUUGAUAAUGUUCCUGACAAGUAUCUUGUUAAUGGAGUGGAUCCAGAUGUUUUAGUUGCCUGGGAAACUAUUAGGCUUGUUUACUUGCCAACACAUGAAAUACCUAGUUGCCCAAUAUGCUUGUACCCCCCAACAGUGGCAAAAAUUACACGAUGUGGUCAUGUUUUUUGUUGGAGUUGCAUUCUCCAUUAUUUGCAGCUGACUGAUAAAACAUGGAGAAAAUGCCCAAUCUGUCAUGAAGCAGUGCAUGAUGCAGAUUUAAAAAGUGUUGUGAAUGUUAUCCAAAAGAAAUUUGCAAGACAUGAAAAUAUCACAAUGAAGUUAAUGAAGCGACAAAAAAGUUCUCUGUUUACCUCAACAAAAAGUGAAAAAAUAUCUGAUGAAUCUUUUUCGCUUUGGAAUGGGUUAUUUUUAAAGUUUGGAAGUAAACUUAUGUUGGCAAAUAAAGAUUCUGUUGUUGAAAAAAUUAUGUUACCAGAAAAACUUGAGUUGGAAAAUCAACUUAUACAGGCUGUUGCAGACGAGAGCGGUGAAGACUGUUUUAUUCAAUUAGCUUUAAUGAAAGUCAAGAAAGCAAUAGAAGAAAUAAAAAUUGAUAAUGAACUUAUUGAAACUUUGAAUAUGACACAUACUGUUGAUGACAAUGAUGCCUUUGUACCCUCUCAGGAAUCAAGUUUGGCAUUUAUUUUGUCUCAAGCUAAGGUUGAUGAUAGUUAUGAAUUACCUUUUGCCAAUAAUGACAGUGAAAAUAAAUUUGAAAAUACAAAUACAAUUAAAGAAAAUUUGGAUCAUCAAGUAUCAUUACAAUGGAAUAAUGGAGCUGAUGAACAAUUGUCAUGUAAUGCAAAACCAAGCAACAUACUGAUUGAUGAACAUGUUGAGCACUAUGUUAAUAAAUCAUCUGAAAGAUUUGAUGAUUUUUACUACUUUUAUCAAGCUGAAGAUGGUCAAAAUAUAUAUAUUGAUGCACUUAAUGCAAGAUGUUUAAUAGAAGAGUAUGGAUCCUUAUGUAAUGCUCCAACCACCAUUACAGGCCAAAUUUUAGAUUUUGAAUCAUUUACUAUGAGUUUGGAACAUCGUAAGCGUUUUAGAUAUUUGAGUCAUUUACCACUAGCGUGUGAAUUUUGCAUUUGUGAGUUGUUACUAAGACCACCAGUUUUGUCGAAAAGCACAAUACAUAAUUUUAUGCCAGAGUUUAAUAAAAGAAAGUCAAUUCGCUCAAAGAAGUUAGAGGAACAAAGAAAAUUUGAUCGUAAAGCUACUAACGCAAGAAAUAAAGAGUUUGGCUAUCAAUGUGUUGAUGAUUGUCCUACAAGUAAUAUUGAUUUAGCAGAUCUUGAUAAUUUUCCAUGCAGUUUUUCUCCUACAACUGAAUUAACCCAUCAAAAUUCAUUUUAUAAUGAAGCAGCUGCAGAUGAAAAUAAUGGUUUAGGCAAACCUGGUUUGUCUUUUGCUCAAAUGUUAAAAGUAAAACAACCAGAUGACGCGAUGUUUCAAAAACCAAGCAUACACCUAACAAACACUCAGCUAACAAACAAAAAUGGUAAAGAUACACGCAACUUAACUGUCUUACAAGAUAAUGAAUGUGAAAUUUCAACACCUACCUUUAAAGAGAUGUUUAAUGCUGCAAUUUCAGCGACUACUUUAAAAUGUUUAGAUCCAACUCAAGAGAAUAAUUCUAAAAAAAAAAAGCAAAAAGGGAUUUUACUAUUUUCCACAGGUGCUCAAAGAAAAUACUAAUUUUUUGUAUUCCUUUGAAGUUCUUUUUUUUUUUAAUUCAAGUUGCUAUCAUUCUUAUAAUUAAGGCGAUGUCAAACUUUUUAUUAGUUUAUAUACAAAAAAUCGUAUGGUAAUAUUAUUUACGUUUAAACCCACAAUUUAUUGUUUAGUUUAUUUUGGCUUUAUGUAAAAACAAAAUUAUAAUUUUGUGUUAUGGUAAGAACUCAGUUUAAAAAUUAUUUGAUCUUAAAUAUAUUUAUACGAGUUUCAAUAUAAUUAAUGUUUUUGACAAGUAUUUUUAUUUUUGAAAAAAGUCAUGUCAGUGGAAUCAUCUCAGAAAACAUGAAUAUUAAAAAAAUAAUUCUGCAUAAUAAAUUCUUUAACACUGGUGACCAUUCCUCCAUAUAAUAAAAGAAGUUGGUUACAGAAGCUUUUACACACCGCUCGAUAUCUUAAUUAAUAUUUUUUUAAAAAAGAAGUAUUUGAAUCGUUUGCAUAGUGUCUAAAAAUAUUACUUCUUUUGUUUUGAAGCUUGAUUAGAUGUAACUUAAAAUUUAGCUUGAUUAGCAAUGAUUAUACCAUAAAUUAAACUCAGCUAUAAAUGAAAUAUAUUGGAAAUAAAAAAAAAACAAUAGGAAAAAAUAAUAUAAUUAAGAACCGCAUUAAUGUAUUAUUCUUUUUUAUGUGAACACUGCUUGAAAAUAAAUUAUCGAGAACUAAUGCAUGCUUCUCAGCUCACACAUAAGAACUUACGUUGGCUUCACCGCAUAAAACGCAUCAGUUAAAAUAUAGCGUGUUAUUGUAAAUUUAUUUUAUUACAAAUAUGUAUUCUUAAGAAUAAAGUUUUUUGUGGUAA